AUGAGCAAAACGGUGGAUCCAGAAAUAACGGAAGAAGAUCUACAGUACAUAGAAGAAAAUGGGCUAGAGCUGUCGUCGAACACGGAGGACAGUGAUCAACCCCGCAUACUUUUAGGAUGUGACUAUCUAUGGGAAGUAAUGGAUAGCGACAAGCAUAAGUUGCCAUCUGGCAUGCAUCUCAUUUCCACCAAGAUGGACACACGAGAAGCCGCCGAGUCGCUACUAGAGAGCCUGAAUGAGAAGACGAAGUCAAUGUUCGAAGAGCCAGAGAUACAAAGAAGACUGGACAUAGUGUAUGCGGAUAUCACAGUCCUGCUAUCACGCUCAGAAGACUGUCAGCAAAAGCUGGAGUUCCUGAAACAGAAG